AUGAAAUUGGAAUUGGAAAUGAAGUGCGACACCUGCAACAAAAUAUCCAGUAAGUUGAAAGGCCAGUCAGUCUGGGAACAUACUAGUACGCCAUACGAACCAACAAGGCAACAACUCGGCGAUGAAGACACUCUCCCAAAUGGGCUGAUGUAUCAUAACAAUAAGGAGAAACUUAUAUUACUCGGUGCCAGACCGGAACAUAAGGGAUGGUAUUAUUGUAGUAACGUCAAGUCUGAAAAGGAAUUGGUCUCCAUCCAUGUCGUCACGGUUAUCGAGAUGAGGGAAAACACAAAGUUCCAUACGUGCAUCUGUACUGUAUUCAGAGAUGAGUUCCCCCAAGGUGUACCCUGCCAAUCAGACUUCAACAUCGUUUUUCUUAGAAAAAUAUUUGAAGACAGAUUGGACGAGAAGGAGGUGGCGGAAUGUGAAACAGCGUGUCCAAAAGGCUACCAAAAACCCGAGAAAGACAAAAAUUACGUCGCAAAACAUGUAGACUUGCAUCUUCCUCGACCAAAGCUUCCCCGUGGAGAGGAAGAAGGGGUCAUAUACGUGCCCGAGGGGGGAGAUGUAGAGCUCAAAUGUCCAGGAGGCGGCAUCACAGACGCCAUCUCGUGGAAGAACGGCAGUGCAAUUAUUAAUAGCUCGAAUUUGAGGACUGACCAUGUAUUCGUCGACUACAUGAAUGUUUUGCAUAUUCGGGGCGCGACGCCCCAAGACGCUACAGGGUACGAUUGCUUUUACGGUAGCGAACAUGUUGCUAACGUCAAGCUAGUUGUGGGACUUCCUCUCCUGGUUACUGAAGAGUCCAAUGGCAAGUUGAAGUACAUAGGAUUUUUCUUCACUGGGCUGAUUGUUAUCCUAAUCUUUUUGAUGAUUAUCAAGGACAGAAAGUCACAAAAAGGACGACUAUGAAAACCGC